AAUAAUAGGGUUGUUUGGAAGUGAUUCUGCUUCUGCUUCUUUUUUAAAGCAGAAGCAGGUUUUUAGUUUUUAGAAGCUGGUCACCCCACUUUCAUCCAAACGCCUCCAAGAUCCAAACACCCCUAGAUCGGAUUCUCGUCUGUGCCAGUCUCACAUCAUCUUCUGGUACUGCUGAUUUUACUUCUGUAAUUCCUUGUUUGUAACGCAAAACCACGCCUUUUCCGGUUCCGACUAAUUGUUAAUCUUUACACAGUUAUACCCACACUAGGAGUGGUUUCAGCUCGGACCUAGUUCUGGGAGGAGAAGAACUGAGCAAGGCAUCUAUUAGGGGGAAUUCGAGAUCCAUGGUGAAGGAAACCGAAUACUAUGACGUUCUAGGCGUCAGCCCUACCGCUACAGAAGCGCAGAUUAAAAAGGCAUAUUACAUUAAGGCACGUCAGGUUCAUCCAGAUAAAAAUCCAAAUGAUCCUCAAGCAGCACAAAAUUUUCAGGUUUUAGGAGAGGCUUACCAAGUACUGAGCGAUCCAGCCCAACGACAAGCUUAUGAUUCUUAUGGGAAAUCUGGAAUUUCAACGGAGGCAAUCAUUGAUCCUGCAGCAAUCUUUGCUAUGCUCUUUGGUAGUGAACUUUUUGAGGAGUACAUUGGACAGCUUGCCAUGGCAUCAAUGGCUUCACAAGAUAUUUUCACUGAAGGCGAGGAAAUUGAUGCUAAAAAGCUGCAGGAGAAGACGAGGGCUGUUCAAAAAGAAAGGGAAGAAAAACUUGCUGAAGUUCUAAAAGAUCGACUAAACCUGUUUGUACAAGGAAGCAAGGAGGAAUUUAGGGCUCAUGCUAAUGCUGAAGUAUCUCGGCUGUCCAAUGCAGCUUAUGGUGUUGAUAUGUUAAAUACCAUUGGCUACAUAUACACGAGGCAGGCAGCAAAAGAACUCGGGAAAAAAGCUAUAUAUUUGGGUGUACCAUUUGUUGCUGAGUGGUUUAGAAACAAAGGGCACUCAAUAAAGUCACAGGUCACUGCAGCAACAGGUGCAUUUGCUUUGAUUCAGCUUCAAGAGGACAUGAAACGACAACUUAGUGCAGAAGGAAACUACACUGAGGAAGAAGUUGAAGAGUAUUUGCAGUCUCACAAGAGAAUAAUGAUUGACUCUUUGUGGAAGCUUAACGUUGCUGAUAUUGAAACAACUCUCUCCCGUGUUUGUCAGAUGGUUUUAAAUGAUAACAAUGUUAAAAAAGAAGAACUCCGGGCACGAGCAAGGGGCUUGAAGACACUAGGCAAAGUAUUUCAGAGUGUCAAGUCUGUCAAUGGCAAAGAUACUGAUGCUUCAGUAAACACGCCAGUCCAUAAGUUGGAUGGAACUGAAACAAUUUAUGGUUCUCACUCUAUGGAUGCGUCCUCACUAUCUCAGAAUACAGAUGACGCUUCUUAUGCAGCUUUUGCGGUACAGAGCCCAUACAUUGAAACACCGCAAUUCGCUAAUGGAGAAUUCUACAGCUUUGACUUCCCCCUGCCAACUGCACCACCUGGUGCAGAGAGACAUGCCUAGGACAGGGAGCCAAGUCUUAUUUGUUGUAUGAACAUCAGGUAUUAUUGAGUAGGUUACUGUUAGAGGCCUGGAGAAGUUUGGAUGUUCCAUUUAUUUCUAAGUGGAUGUAAAUGUGCUUGUAAUUUGCUAUACAUUUGUGUGGGAAAAAAAUGCGGGUAGUGAGUCUGAAGUUGAGCCCCGCUUGUGGUUGGUCAGUUUUUUCUAACAGCACCUCACAAUAAUACCGAGAUGUUCUCUUCACAAACGUUUACACAAAAGUAAUAGGGAUAUGUGUAUAUCUUAUGUUUAUAAGUAUUCUUUUUUGCCCAAUAGUG